AUGCCGGCGGCGGGGAAAGGUGCCGUGUGCGUGACCGGCGCCGGAGGCUUUAUCGGCUCAUGGGUUGUCCAGCUUCUCCUCUCCAACGAUUACCCCGUCCAUGGAACCGUCAGAGAUCCCCAGGAUGAUGAUCACAACAAGUACGCGCACUUGAAGGGACUAAAAGGUCUGAAGCUGUUCAAGGCCGAUCUAACGGACUACGCUUCGCUGCUGUCGGCGAUCCAAGGGUGCAGCGGGGUCUUCCACGUGGCUUCUCCAGUUCAGUCCUCCUCCUGCUCUUCCAAACAAGAAGCCGAGGCGGAGAUCAUCGAGCCGACGGUGAGGGGAACGCUGAACGUGAUGAAGGCCUGCGCGGAGGCGAAGGUGAAGAGGGUGGUGGUCGUGUCCUCUGCGGCUGCGGUCGUGUUGAACCCGGCCUGGCUCGAGGCGGGUCCCGUUACUCACCUGAUCCGUUCCCAACUAUACCUGUGCAUCAUCGUGCAGGAAUGGUAUGCGGUGGCUAAAACAGAAGCGGAGCGCGAGGCCUUCGAGUACGGGCACAGGGCGGGAAUCGAGGUCGUCAGCAUAUGCCCAACCCUCGUGGUUGGGCCCGUGAUGAACCACGCAGUACCGAGCGGUAGCAGCUUCGUCUUCUCCAACUUCCGGGAAGGCCUGGAGUUGAUGGACAAGUACCCUUUAACCAGGAUGACAGUGGAUGUGCGGGACGUAGCAGAAGCAAUGGUUUUAAUGUACGAGAAACCCGAGGCAGAGGGCAGGUACAUUUGUACUGCACAUCUGCUUCGGAUCCACGACAUGUUCGAGCUGCUCGAGUCACUCUAUCCCGACCUUAACUACCCUAACGAGUUCACAGAGGAGCAGCCACCAAAGCUGGAGCUGAGCGCGGAGAAGUUGAAGAAGCUAGGCUGGAGUUACCGUCCCUUCCAAGAAACUCUUGUCGACUCCGUGGAGAGCUACAGGAAAGCUGGGAUCUUGGACUGA